UAACAGCGGCAACAGCCAGCCACAUCCAGUCAGCGAUCGACCGUCGUCUUUCUCUACUGUAUCUGCUGAUAUCCGAACAGCAAUGGAGAUAUCAACUCUAGCCCAAGACAGACGACGUUUCAUCAAGUCUCAGAGUCAGAGAAGAAAAGCGGGAAUUGUUGCGUCGGCAUGCGCAGAGGCCUCGACCCACGCCCCGGCUGGUGCUUGCCCAGCUCGCCUCACCAUCUGGCGUAAGUCCCUGCUCUUCAAUGGCAAUGGCUACACGGUAUAUAAUGAUUUGGAUGGUAGAUUGGUUUUUCGAGUCGAUAACUAUGCCUGUGAUUGGAGGGAGGAGAUGUUCCUCAUGGACUACGCUGGGAAUGUCUUGUUUACCAUCAGACGCUGCAGAAAGAAACUAAGCAUCUCAGGGAGCUGGGAAGCCUUCCGAGGUGAUAGAGAAGUUUUAGGAUGUGGUGCUGAUCAUGAGAAGCCACUCAUCAAGGCCACAAAGAUGCUGGGCAACCCUAGCUGCAAGCUAACAGUAGCAACCAGAGACGAGUACCGAAUGAAAUGGUCAGGCCACGAUGGAUGGUCAAAGAUAUACCGAACCACAGCCGGCACGUCUCCGGUGGCCGAGGUCAGUAGGAAGAGUGGCGCCGCUUCAGAGUCUUUUCUUGGGAAAGAUGUGCUUACUCUGACUGUGCAACCGGGUAUUGAUCAAGCUAUGAUAAUGGCUAUGGUUAUGAUCAAUGAUGCCAUGAGAUGAGUUCGAAGAAAAUUUUUGACAGCCAAUGACCAGAUGUAAUGCAAAUUCAAUGUAAAUUUCAGAAUCAGUCUACCAAGAAACUCAUCCACGGCCACACGGGUUCAAUCCCAAUUACAUCCACGUAAUGUGUUUUGGUAAACAG